AUGACAGCCUUCAUCUCUCCUUCACAGCCCCUGGGCUCAGUGGAGAAGAGCAAACUCUGCCUGGACACCGGUGUUCCCGCUCCCUGUCGGCAAAGAGCUGCCCCCCUGCACCUCUGGAAAGGGAAACCGGUGGGGUUUGCCUGUGGGUCGGGUCGCUGCCGCCUGCUCUGCCCCCGCAGAACCACGCAGAUGCUUUUGUCAGCCCAAGGUGGGCAAAGGGAUGCGGGCCUGGCCGCGGGUGAGGGGAGUCAGAAGGAGGCACUGCAGCUUUUGGUGGCCUUUGCUGGCCUAGCACACGAUCCCUCCCGGCCCGGUCCCGGGGUCCCUGCUGCCCGAGGGGGACCCGGCGCAGCCGGAGAGCCGCGCCGCAGCCGGCGUUUUGUAGUUGGAGCCGAGGGGCGAGUCGCCAGCAUCGCUGACACCCGCGUCUGCAGCGGGCUAGAGCGGGGGCCGAUCUCCGCCGUACCGGGUCGUUACCGCAUCCGGGAGGGGAAAAUGGAAUUAGGUUCGGAUUGUCACCUGAUACACUAUCUGAGACUCAGCCAUCACCUGAUAGUUCUGAAUUACUUGAUUUGUACCUUUGACAAGCUGAAGUCUGUCUCCUCUGAAGACAUUAACAUCACGGAUGCUAUUUUUGAUGGUGUGGAAGUCAGAGUGUUUGAACCUCCUGCAAAGCGAGAUGAAAGGCUCAAGCGCAGCGUUGUUUACAUCCAUGGAGGGGGCUGGGCCUUAGCAAGUGCAAGAACAAGCCUUUAUAACAAUCUCUGCAGAAUCAUGGCUGAAUCUCUCAACGCUGUCGUUGUCUCAGUUGAAUACAGGCUGGUACCAGAGGUGUGCUUCCCCGAGCAAUUCCAUGAUGCUUUUCGUGCUACUAAGCAUUUUUUGCAGCCUGAUGUCUUAGCUGAGUAUUCAGUUGACCCAAGCCGAAUUGCAAUUUCUGGCGAUAGUGCAGGAGGAAAUUUGGCAGCUGCUGUGUGUCAGCAGCUUAGCAAAGAUGAGCAUUUGACCAUCAGACCAAAACUGCAGGCCUUAAUUUAUCCUGUCCUUCAGGCAUUUGACUUCAAUACACCUUCUUAUCAGCAAAACAUGAAUAUGCCCGUUCUUCCUCGUUAUGUCAUGAUCAACUAUUGGAUAGAUUAUUUCAAUGGUAACUAUGACUUGGCUCACUCACUGCUGAUUAACAACCACACUGCUCUUGACGUUGGCCAAGCUGUCUCUUUCAGAGGACGUCUGAACUGGACAUCUCUACUACCUUCAUCGUUCAAAAAGAACUACAAGCCUGUAAUACAAACCACAGGCAAGGCUGAAAUCAUCCAGGAGAUACCAGCUCUGCUUGAUGUACGAGCAGUCCCACUCCUUGCAGAAAAUGAAACUCUGCAGCUGCAGCCGAAGACUUACAUCCUGACCUGUGAGAAUGACGUCCUGCGAGAUGACGGGGUGAUGUACGCCAAACGCCUGGAGAACGCCGGUGUGGAAGUCACGCUCGAUCACUUCGAUGACUGCUUUCAUGGCUGUAUGAUAUUCACCAUUUGGCCUACUGAUUUCUCUGCAGGCAUUCAGACCAGAAACAGCUAUAUAAAAUGGCUGGAUGAAAACCUCUGAAGAAAGAGACUCUCUAGAAGACACAGAGUACUCAACUCUGGUGUCGGUUCUUGCAAAAGAGCAAACAAUGAAAAAGUGCACUUUUCCAAAUUCAGACUUCAUCCAUUCAGCUGCAGCUGCUGGGGGUUACAGACCACUAACUACAGCAUUUACUAGCUCAUUUGGCCUUGCCCAGCAAAGUAUUUUGAGAAAUACUUUUUCAAACUUUGAUUCCCCGCCCCCCCCUUCUUUCAGAUGAUAAUUGCCAAACAUAAACAAGUGUUGAGCAGGGAGAUCAGCAUUCCUGUAGCAUUCUUAACUGGCUGCAACUUUCAAGCUUUGACUCUUAAUUGGGCACAAGGGCCACGAUUUUCAAAUGAUGUGAGGUAAAGCCAAACACCUACAUCUACAUCUGAAUAUGUAAAAAUGGGAGCUAGUUUUCAACAGUGGUGAGCACUUGAUGUCAAAGAAAGCGUAAGCGCUCUCACCUUUGACAGCAGAGCUAUGCAUUUGAAUGUCAAGCAUGGAUUUAGGUGUUGGCUUUCAGGCACAUAGACAAAUGGCUCAUUUAAAUUUAAAAAAAAAAAAAGUUCUUCUAGGCAGUUAAGAUGUUGCUAGACAAGUCUCCUAGCAAAACAUGUAAUUCAGCUUUGGAAUUUGAUCUUUAUUGCCUUUUAGUUAUUUAUAUUUUAUAAAAGCACAGGACUAAAUAUAUUUUCAAUAAAAAGUAUUACAGCAUACAUACAAAUACAUAGGAUAAAAUGCUAUGUGUAGCAGCAGAAUGCAGGUUGUUUAUGUGAGCUUCAAAGCUGACUACUUACUUGGCUAAAGAAUGUGACUUCGGCAGUGUUUAAAGCCUCAGCUUCAUGACCUCCUAACAGAAAAUACUGAGAGUACUAAAAAAAAAUCUACUAUGUGGUUUGCACUAAUGUUUGUAAUAAUAGUAGUUUUUGUUCAUUGACUUUUCUUUUGUGCUUGUAGUGUUUAUUAUAUUUCAUGCUUCCUGGAAGGAGGGAAGCAAGGAAAUAGAAGUGGGCUCUAAUCUAUAUGGAAGAUUUAAAUCUGAGCUUUGCAGCUAAACUUUGUCUUGGAGACUGACCCAAAACGCUAGGUAAGAUGAUCUCACUGUUGUGCAACAAAUCUCUACAGUUUGAGCCAGUCUGUAAAUUCCAGACAAGCAGGACAGGGAAGUGAAACAACUUGCGGCAGUGUAUAUUGUCCAGGAUGCUUACUGCUUGCAGAAAUGAAGGUUGUGUCAAAAGCCCAGUGUUUCUAGGCAAAGAGGAGAGAAUGGCUGUCCCACGACUAAACUAGUGGAUUAAAUUCAUCCUCAGCUUUACCACAGACUUCCUGUGGGACUCCAGGAGAAUAACUUAAUCUCCUUACGCUUCACUUUCUUCUUCUGCAAGAGAGGGAACAGUAAUUUCCUACCUCACAAAGGAGCUGUGAAGCUGAAUCCACAGGUGUUGGUGAAGCACACGGAUGUGACGGUGACUGGCAGGCACUGAACAGCUCCCGUAGCUUUUGACUUUCCAUCCUUCUCUAACAGCUGGCUGGGAGCAGCCAGCCCCAUGGUGGGGGGUGCUGCUAGACUGCGGGUCCUCCUGGGCAGUUAGCUCAUCUCUGUCCUGGCUCCUGUGAAAGUACCGUAAGGUGAGGCUUCUUGGCUGUUGGGAGAUCAUGACAAAGGCAGUUUCAUUGGAGCAUUUCUUAUGGCAGGAUUCUGAAAAGUUCUUUAAAAAAAAAAAAAAAAGGCACUGGUAGAUCAAACUGCCUUUUAUCAUUUAAAAUAUGUACAGACCAGUCCUCUUUCACUGGUAUUUAAAUAAGAGAAUGGCUUGGCUGAAUCACUGCUUCCUAAAAACAUCAGGUUGUUAAUGUGGCUGUAUGUAUUAAGAAAAGCUAUUAAUGAGACAAGGCCUCGAUGUAGACUCAGUCAUGCAGGCUGAAACUCAUUUCUGGGCAUAGGUUCACACAGAGGUCACAAGCCAAAGCUUUUUCAACAGUGGCUCAGAUUCUUCUUGUUACAAAGACUCAGUGGAAUUAGAGCGGCCGAGUGACAAUCUGAAUCAGAAUAAAUUUCGGCCAAGAUAUCCAGUUAACACUGUGGAAGAAUUCAAACUUUUUUUCUGGAUUUAAACCCUCUUUCCUCCUUUUCCCCCAUAAACAGAACUUCAGUUGAUAUAGUUUACACUUAAAACAGACAGCAACCAAAGGUAUGUCCAUUCUAAAGACAAAUUACUAAUCUUGAAGAAGGGUCUGCUCCAGCGUCCUUUCCACUGUAUGGAGACAGCUCCAUGUACUUCACUUUAGACCAUGACUCACGAAGUAAAAAAAUAUCGUUACGCUGAGUUGUAACAACAGGCUUCUUCCUGGUUUUCCCACUUAAAGAGUAAACCCAUGUCAGAAAAGAUGUAAUUUAUAUCCACCUGCCGUCAUUAAAAGAUAAUAGGAACUAUAGUACUGAGAAAAAAGUGGUUAAUGUUCCUAUAAAUUCUAUAAUAAUUAAGUUUGCCUGAGAGCUGUCUGCAAAGCUUUAGAUCAGCAUUUGUUUAUAUCUAAGUUAUAAAUAUCUGCUAGGAAACUAUAAUAUAAUUACUGCUCAUUUGUUUUUUUUUUAACUGAAAUGAAAUGGAGAGCUGGAAUAUAUAUUGAUGGAGUCAGUU